AUGAAGGUAGCAAUCGAGUCCUUUGAAGGUAUCCCAGGAGUGAAAGUAACAGUGUGCGCUCCACCACCUGGUGUCAAGGGAAUGGCAGGGGAAUGGGAUGGUGUGAGUCUUAUUAACAACAUAGAGUACCGCAAUGAGUCCAUGACGGUGUGGAUGGCAUACAAUAAUGGUCCAGGCAAAGUCCUUCCUUUGACCAAUUUCUGUCGACCCCCAAAGGCACCAAAACGUAUCCAUAGCGAGGAAACCGAGGACCCAGUAUCAUUUGUCGCAGUGAAAGCAAGACAACAACCAAAGAAAUCUCGCGAACAAAGUAAUACUGAUCCAAUGGAGGACAAAAGCAACGAUGAAAGAGUCGACACGUACAGCAAAUUAUUUCUCUGUCCUGAACAAGGCUGCAUUAAAUCAUUCCACAGGUACUCUUCUCUAGAAAGACAUUUGCAUUGUGACAACCAUACCUACGUACUAGAGCAUGAAACCCUUUAUGACAAGGCUAUGAAACUAUAUGCAACAAAACUGGAAGAAGGAUCCAGUAAAAACCCGAUACCAACGGAGUCAGAGAGCGUCGAGUUGCCAGAGCCAGAUAUUGGCCCUGAUCUUCAGAUGGGCUGGGCUUUGAGAACUUCCUCUAAGGGAAAGCGGUUUUCCGAUGUUCAGAAGAAGUACCUGGUUGACGUGUUUGAUGCUGGAGAGCAAACAGGGCGAAAAGCCGAUCCAGGUGAUGUGUCAAGAGCAAUGAGAUCUACAAGAAACAGCGACGGCUCGCGACUUUUUAACAAGGGCGACUUUUUAACACCGCAGCAGAUUGCAAGUUUCUUCUCACGAUUGGCGAAAAAAAGAAGGGAAAAUACAGCGGGCGAUAAAGAUAAUGAAGAAAGGGGUGAUGGUGAUGACAAUGACUACGAGGAAGACGAUUUAUAUAAGAAAGAUUUCGAAAAGAGAAAAGGACAAGAAAUCGAAGAAUUAUCAGCUUCCUUGAUUGACGCAAUCGGCCUGAAGCAUCCAAUAAUGUUCGAUAGGCACAAUAUUUGUGAAUUAACAAGUCAAAGAAAACUUUCCAAAUUCUCUGUUUACAUGCUACAAGAAAUUUGUUCUUCAUUCGAACUUAAUAUUACUGACAGCACUGGCAAGCGCAAAUUCAAAAAACCGUACAUUGAUUUGCUAGAAAAACUGGUUCAAAGUUGCGGUUGCUGA